GGGCGCGGGGAGGCCGGGACCCGCGCGGGUGGAGCCGGCCGGGCCCGGUGCCGGUGCCCGUCCCGCUGACCCCUCUCCCGCAGGCUGGGCCCCGACGUGUGCACCGUCCUGCGCCUCUCCGGGCCCCUCAAGGAGCAGUACGCCAAGGAGCAUGGCCUGGACUUCCAGCGGCUCCUGGAUGCCAGCGCCUACAAGGAGAUGUACCGGCAGGACAUGAUCCGCUGGGGCGAGGAGAAGCGCCGUGCCGACCCCGGCUUCUUCUGCAGGACGGUGGUGGAGGGGGCGGUGCAGCCGGUGUGGGUGGUGAGUGACGCGCGGCGCCUCUCGGACGUGGAGUGGUUCCGGGACGUCUACGGGGACGCGGUGCAGACCGUGCGGGUGGUGGCCACCGAGGAGACAAGGAAGAGGAGGAACUGGGUCUUCGUCACUGGGGUGGACGACGCUGAGUCUGAGUGCGGCCUGGACCAGGGAGUGGCCUUCGACUGGGUGAUCACCAACGACGGGGACGAGCUGUCCCUGGACGAGCAGCUGGAGACGCUGCUGCAGUCGCUCCGUGGUCAGCUAUAGCUCGGUGACCCCUGCCGGGGCUUGGGUACCGCGUCCCCUGCCUGGCCCCGCAGCAUCCCCCCUUCUGCCUCAUGCCCCC